CACACACAUACCUACGUACAUAUGUAUACAGUAGAAAAUUGUGUGGAAUAUUAUAAUAAUAAAAUUCAAGUGGAAGAAUACAUAUAGAAGGAGGGUGUUCAGCAAAAGUGUAAAGUUCCACAGCUCAACGCUGGCAUCCUUGCAUAAGACGCACUCAUCCAAAUUGACUUUGCAGUGACCGCAAAUGGAAGUCACAGACAAUGCGUCAGCCGGUCUAAUAGCCGGCCAAGAUAAUGCAGAUACAUCACCUAAUAAUACGACAAACACAACAGAUCCCCGGGGUUUUCCUGUUAAAGGUGCACAACAAAAAAAGGCGCCACCGAAACUAUCAUUUAGCGAAAAUUCGAGUUCGCUCAUACGUUGUGUACCGAACGAAAGAGCGACAUUCUUCGUGAAAAUCGACUGUGACGACGACUCCGAUUUGCUGCCAUUAAAAUUUGAAUGGAGCCGUGGAGAAUUGCCUAUUGAGAAUUCCGAUCGCUUUCGAAUAACACAGACCAGCACCGCUGUACAAUUAGCCGUUGAGCAUGUACAGCGGGAGGAUGCAGGUCAUUAUACAUUAAUAGCACGAACGAAAGAUAAUACUGUUAUUCGCAAAGAUGUCGAGCUUAUUGUCGAGGACAGAUCGAUGGGUGAGGACCCACCAAUAUUUACACGACGACUGCCCGAUCUAUCGGUGAAGGUAGGAACACGAACACGACUAUUGGUCGAAAUACGUAGUUCCACAGAUGUGAAGCUCACUUGGUAUCGAAACGAUCGUCGAAUAUGUGAAAAUGAUCGAAUAAAUGAGGUAAAUGAGGGUAAUUUCCACUAUUUGGAAGUAAGCCCUGUUAUAUUGGAAGAUGGCGGCCAGUGGAUGGUACUGGCUGAGAAUUCGGGUGGACGCAAUUCAUGCAUUGCACAUUUAAAUGUACUCGUACCGAAGGCAUACAAGUCACCUGAGUUCGUUGAAGAACUACGCGCUAUACUCACUCAACAAGGCACCGUGUCGCUGGAGUGCAAGGUGGUCGGUGUGCCUACACCGCAGCUGCGUUGGUUCAAGGAUUCCAAAGAGAUCAAGGCUGGAGAUAUAUUCGCGUUAACCGCAAAUGCUGAUGAUCCCACCUCACUGGGCACGUACACCUGUGAGGCCGUCAACUGUAUGGGCAAAUCGUAUUCCAGUUCAAAAGUGCAUGUAGUAGGACGUGGCAGUAGGGAGGGGUCGCUGAAACCAGCUGACAGCAUCCCCAACAAUGCACCCCCACCAAUAUUUACGAAUGAGCUACGCAACGUCAGUGUCCGUAUUGGUGAACCAAUAAUACUCGGAUGCCAAGUUGUGGUGCCGCCUUGGCCAAAAACAGUGGUGUGGUAUAAUAAGAAUGGUCGGAUCGAGUCUGGUGAACGGUACAAACUAAUCGAAGACGGCUUGGGUGUGUAUAUGAUCGAAAUCAAACCCUCAGAGAGUUGUGAUGAAGGGGAAUGGAAGUGCGUAGUUACAAGCUAUGAAGGUUGCGUGGGUAUUUCGACUUGUACCGUUGCUAUGGACAUUCCGAAAAAUUAUCGAAAGCCACGUUUUAUGGAAAGUCUACGUGCCGUGCUCACCGAAGAAGGACUGGUUUCGUUUGAAUGCAAAGUCGUUGGUUUCCCCACGCCCAUCCUCAAAUGGUUUAAAGAUGGUCAGGAAUUGAAACCCGGUGAUGUUUAUCAAUUGACUGGCACCAAUUCGCUCGGUACUUAUUGUUGCAUAGCUAAGAAUUGUAUGGGUGAGAGUAGCAGUGUAGCUGUGCUCACCGUUGAAGAUAUACAGAAUCAAUUAAAUGAUGAAGAACGACUCACGUUUGCCAAGCAAAACCAGCCACCGAAAUUCGUUGUCGGCCUUAAGAGUCAAGAAGCUAAAAUCAAUGAAAGUUUCCAGUUUACUGUAAACGUUAAGGCAACACCAGAUCCAGUACUCUCCUGGUUCCGUGAUGAAUUGCCUAUCGAAAAUAGUGAACGUUAUAGUCAUUAUCGUGGCGAGCAGGAAAACUGGCAUUUAGAUGUACGUUGUGUAGAGUUCGUGGAUCAAGCAGAGUGGAAAUGUGUGGCUGUAAACGACUUCGGCACGAGUGUUACAUCCAGUUAUUUAAAAUUGCAGAUACCACGACAUUACAAGAAACCACGUUUCCUGGAAUGUCUAAGAGCUGUGCUCACCGAGGAGGGUGCUGUGAAUUUAGAGUGUAAAGUCAUUGGAGUGCCGCAGCCAAUGUUGAAAUGGUACAAAGAUGGUGUCGAGCUUAAGCCAGGUGAUAUUCAUAGAAUAAUUUCCGGACAGGAUGGUACCUGCUGUCUUGGCACUUAUACUUGUGAGGCGAGAAAUUGUAUGGGCAUUGUGGCGAGCUCUGCUUCAUUACUGGGUUUCGAAGAGGCUUAUAAAAACCAAAAGGAGGAGCAGCAAGCUCAUGAAAAUGAAUUGCAACGCAAUCUCUCUUUAUCCACCAUACAAGAAGAGCGCACCUCUCAACUUUACGAAACACCUGUUGGAGAUAUUACCAUCGAUUCGAAGGGUGAAGUGUCCUUUUCAUUUGAUGGCAAAGAGGUUUCUGUGUCUCUGUAUGAGACGCCUGAUUUAACAGAAGAAGAAGCGUUAAAGAUAGUUGAAAUGUAUGCCGAUCAAAUUUCAGAGCACGUAACCGAACACAACGUGGUGGAACUGCCGCCACUGCGUUUCGUUAAGGAGACCUCGCAAUCGGGUAAACUUUUGAUGGAAGCUGUUGUCAUUGAUAUAUCGCCAGAGUACUUCUCUCACGAAGAGGAUAUGCGCACCGAAGCUGGUAUGGAUGAUAUUUCUAUCAACGAGAUAACUGUACAUGGAUCUACAGAAGGUGAAGGCGAAAACGAUCGUGAAGCUGCAAACUAUGCACAACGCAGUUUCGAAAAAAUGGAAGAAGAAUUAUCAUUAACCGCACCUAUAAGAAAGCGCAAAAAAUCACGACACACCGAAACUACAGAAGAAUUUUAUAGUUUGUCUAAAGCUUCCGAUAGUCAAGCUGGCGAUGAAGACGACACAUCCGAUUUGCAAACCUUUGCCAGCGCCACACAAAUGUCAUCACGUGUGGAUUCUGCAGUCGGCCCUGAUGCUGUACAGCCCGAGGAGAGUAUACAGCCCCCAAAGCGAAAGAAGGGAAAGAAGCAAACCGAUAGUGAUUCAUCAAAAACCAAUGAAGAUGAUGCCAAAAUACAAGACAUAUCUGGUGCUGUUGGAGAUGGUUUGAUGUCAGUGCAACCUGUGAAAGUAGUUACAAGCACAGAAGAGAUUGAAAAAAAUUUGAGAUCUCUUUUGCCGUUGGCCAAACUACUGAAAACGAUUGAGCAUCACUUGACCGUCGUAGAGAAUGAAGUGGUCGAGCAGUCGGCAAUGAUGAUGACUCCCGCCGCCGCUGAGCAAAGUAUAGCUAUCAUACGCAACGUUAUCGACCCGGUUAAGCAGGUGGAGAGCAAGUUGCGCGCCUACUCCGGCGAAACGCCACUUGAUGCGCUCUUCCAAACAAUGGAGGAGGAUAUACGUAAACUUCACACCAGUCUUCAAGUUAUUGAGAAGUGCGUCGAGAUAGAUGAGACUGGAGUGACACUUAUACAGAGGACAAGCGUCUGCAUUAUAGAUAGUGUGGGUGCCCAGCUUGUCAAGGCUUUGGAAGAGGUCCAAAGCAUAGCAAAGACUUUCGAUUCAUCCAGUCUUCGUGCCCAUAUCGAUCUAACUGCAGAUGAUAUUAAACAGGGACUUGAAAUAACACAGGGCACCAUUAAGUCACAAGCACUGUUGCAGGAAGCACAAGAAUUAGAAGCAGCUAAACACCUCUCGGAGACAGUUGCCAAGUUACAGGCCAUGCCCGAAUCGGAGCCGGUAUCUUUUGCAAAUAUUUCCGAUGUAAAAUUGCCCGAUGAAGCUGAUGCAUUAAAACUCAUUUGUGAGCCGGUUGUGAAUUUACAAGCCGCGUUGGAAAAAGUAGAAAAUGAGUUAAGUCUGGAAGAAAAUGAAGAACAAAUUUACAAAAAAGUACACAAAAAAGUGCUCGACAAUAUUGUAGAACCAAUUAAAGACCUGCAGUCGGUACUACAGACAAUCGAACGUAAAGCGGAGGGUCUAGCUGGCACAGAGUCUACGGAACAAAAGGUCAAUAUGGCCAUAUUGGAUAUAGUUACUCCAGCACUAUUCGAACUCAACAAGGGUUUGGAGAUCAUACUGAACGAGACGUCUGAUAACGUGCAGGCUGGCAUGCUAACGGUUAGUGCGGUGGAAUCGAUGGUACCACCUUUACAAGAAAUACAAAACGGACUUGCGCAGCUCAGUCAGGAUGUGGAAAGUGGACACUUUAACGAAGAAGCAGCACUCGACUCGGCAGAUACACAGAAGCUGCUUCAAACAAUAGCUCAGUCGGUGUUACACUUUGAGACGAACAUCGAGCGGAUUACAACUCGAUUAUCGCCCAAUGUACAGUCAGGAUUGUAUAAUUUGAAGGAAGAAAUGUCUGCCUUAAUUGGAAAUGUGUUGGACGAUAAUAUUACGAAAUAUCACGUGACUCUUUUGGAAAACCUUAAGCGACCCAUCGAUGAGCUCAACUACUGCAUACGUCAGAUCGAAAGUAAAUCACUUUCCGGCUCAUUAACUGACUUUAUUGAUCCUCUGCAUAGCCUAAGUGAUCGCGUAAAUUUGGGUAGGGAAAUCAUGCAUAUGUCUGGUACGAAGCAAAACGAGAAGCAUCUAGAAGUUUUAGAAAAGAUGCAACAGUUGAUUCGAAGUGUAGAAAUUGAUAUUGAAGAACAUGAAUUCAAAAUGCUGCGACACGAAGUGGAGCAAGACGAGAAACAAGCUGCAGAACAAGAAAAGUCUUUCCUCUACAUGCGUGAAGCCAUGGAAAUGAAAAUAGCGCAAGACGAAGCUGGACAAAACAUACAAGAACUUCUACACACCGUAACGGAGAUUGAAGCUUCCCCCGAAUUGGACGUGCAAACACAACAGGCGCUAUCGAAAUUAGAUGAAAGUCUGACAGGAUUAGUCGCCGAAGUGGAAAUUUUGAAGGAAUCACACAGCACGAGAGAAGAAACCGAAGCUGCAACGAAAGUUUUGGCUGACAUUGCUAAGCCGCUGCAAGCAGUCGCCGAAGUUUUACGCAGCACGCUAACUCCAGCAAAAAUACAAAAGAUUGAAACACUUCAACCAAAGUUAAGUCUAAGGGCUGUCGUGCAAGAAAUAAACGACGUUGUGGAAAGUAUACCGGAGCAAGAUGAGCAUCACAUUAAACUGAGAGCACUGCCCAUAGUAGAGUCUGUGUUAAAAAUUGUGCCCGCCUUGCACUCAAUCACCGAUUUGCCACAAGCCUUGACUGCUUCCACACAGGCCGUUAUAGCUGAGAAAAAGAAAGCUGAAAUGGAUGUUGAUAGCAGUGCUGCAAAGAAACCUAAAAUAGAACUUGAAGCGGAUACUGAAAAAGAUACAAUGCACGUGACACGCACCGAAACGACUUCCCUAAGAGAAGCACAGCUCGAGGUAGCUCAACCAGCUGUGGACGUAGUGGCGACAAACAAGCCGAAAGAAAAAAUCGAAGAUGAACGCUCAACUUUAGAAGACAUAUCCGCUUUGAAAUCCGUAGAAUCCCUUCCGCCAGAUAUCGAGCUGUCUGCUGCAAGCGACAAGGCUGAUCACCUCAAGGCGUUCGAAGCAAACAAAGGGAAAAUGAAUGUUCUGUUGUCCCAACUUAAAAGUAGUAUAGCAUCCGUAUUGGCACAUUGCGCUGAAAUGGAUGUCGCUUCAUUGCAGCUGGAGACCGCACAGCAAGUGAAGGCGAGUGUGACGAAGCUUGAAGAUGUUAAUGAAUGCUUAGCAGAUGUACGUCAGCCAGUCGUUGUGGAGCAAUUACAGUCCAUCUCUGACUUAAGCGAAUGUAAAACGUUUGCGGACGCUGUGUGUCACCUGGAAGCAUGCAUGGUGCAAGUUGAGGAGUGUCUGGCGCAAAGUGACUUGCAAGAUCUCAGUGGAGAUUCCUACUCCGACUUAAAAACAAUGGCAUUACCACUACAAGAUCUCAAAGAAUGCCUUAAAGUUCUCCACAACGAAGAAUUGGAGCAAGUAGUCAGCUUGCCCUCAACGAGUUUACCACUUACUAGUGCGCAGGUUUUACAAGACCUACACCCGUUUGUACUCUCGAUAAAAGAGAGUAAUGCACUUGAGAUGCUACAAUCCUUGACGGAGAACGAGUCGUUUGAACAGUUGAAGCAGUUUAUACAACCCAUUCAAGAACUGGAGAGUGCCGUGCUCUCAACUGUUGAACAAGUGCAUUUGUCUCAAAUCGAAAGCUUGCCAACACACAGGAGUCUUGCUCUACUGGAAAAAUGUGCUAAGCCGAUUUUCGAUAUAAGAGAGGCUUUGAUAUACAUGAAAGAAGAAACUCCAUUCUCUACUUUCGAAGAAUGUCCACCAUUGAAGUUGGUAAAAGAGAGAAGUGAUGUGCUGUAUAAUCUCCUACAGUAUUGCGAACAUGUGAAUCUGAAUAUACUGGAAAAUGUUGGUGAUAUGUCUACGCAGGCAGAUGUAUCUGCUUUGAAGUCUUGUGCAGAGCUGAAAUCUGUAGAGACACAAUUAGAGCCAGCUGUAAAUGUGCAAGAAGAAAGUGUGCAGUUUUUGGGUGUGGACGAAAGCCUUGCCCACGGCAUUAAACAGAUACAAGAUUGCUUAAACUCGACUGAGAGGAAUAAAGAGCCUGAAAUACUAGAUGUCCGAGUAGUUAUGAAGGACCUGAAAACGGAAUUAGAACAUAUGCAAAGCGAGCUGUCGAAACCGCGCACACAGCAAAAUGCUGCUGAAGCAAAUCAACGAGUGGCGAAAGCAAUGUUCAAACUGAAAGAGUGUAUGGUGCACACUUAUGAAGCUGGUGUUGAGAAAUCCUUAGAUGACAUUGAAAGAACUUUUGAAGACAUACUACAAGCACUGCCCGCAUUAGAAAUACAGCUGGCUCAAGAGAUGCAUACAAAAAUUCAGACCUCUCUGCGUGCCAUCAGCACAAAAUGCUCACAGUCCGAUGAGGUAGCUGGUCUGGAAAAUUUGUUAGAGCCCAUUGAGAACAUUUUGAACAGCACUCGCACAAUAAGUGAGCUAAAGAGUAUUGAUGUUGAGAAAUCUUCAUUUGUGGUGGCAAAUCUUCAGUCGCAUUUAAUGGCCACAUUCAGAGCGCUCAAUGAAGUAAGCGAGUCGCUAAGUGAGCAUGAACGUGAAGCUGUGCUGAAAGCUCAAGACACCGUACUUGCCACUAACGAAUUUAUUGCUGAAUCCCAUGAUCAAAUUCGAAUAAUUGAGCUGCUGCAAGAGAUCGAUAGUUUGACGCCUCAUCUUGCUGCUAUUUAUGAUGGUGUUGUUUUGGCAAAAGUAGAGCUUAAGAAGCGUGAGCUAUUCGAUAUAUUAACUCAACGUGUUUCCGAAGGAAAAGCAUUUUUGCAGAGAAUUGAGGAUGGUUUAAAUGCGAACAAUCCCAUAUUUUAUAAAUUAGCAGAGGAAAAUGAGUUGGACAUACAAAGUGUAGAAUCGGCGCUUAUGCGUAUCGAGAGUGAAAUCAUACCAAAACUGGAAACGCAAACACCAACGACGGAUGACAUUGCGCUAGGUGAUGUGCUCGCCGUACAUUUGAAAGCCCUACAAGAUAGCCUAGCCAAAAUCAACUCAACUGCUGCUAAAAUCGGUGAAGAGCAAGAAAAGACUAUUGAGCCACUGCCAGCGCAGGGUUCAACGCAAGUUUCCGUACCUGCUACAGCUAUAGAGACACUUGCAGAACAAGUCGCCACGCCAGUUGUUGAGGCAAAACAACGUGAAGCUUCAUUGCACGUCGAAGAAGAUGCUUCCACGCUGGAGGAUAUUUCAGUUAUCGAGUCAUUAAUUGAGUCACCACUUCGUUCUCAAGCCGAACAAGUUUCAUCUCCAUCAACUGACAGAGGUAAGGUCGAUGUGGUGUUGUCACAACUCAAAAGUGGUAUUGUCUCAGUGUUGGCACAUGGCAGCAAUGCAGUAAAUUCAGCCGCAAUGCAGUUGGAAUCGGCGCAACAGUUAAAGGCAAGUUUGUUGAAAUUGGAAGACGUGAAUCAAUGUUUUGCUGAUGUUCGUCAACCCACUGUCAUUGAGCCACCACUCCUAUCCCUCUCCGAAGCAAGUGAUUGCAAAACUUUUGCUCAUGCUGUGUGUAAUUUAGAAGCAUGCGUUGUGCAAGUCGAAGAAUGUAUUGCCCAAAGUGAUGUAGAAAACUUGAGUGAGAACGAAAUUUCCGAAUUGAAAACCUUAGCACAACCCCUGCACGAUAUUCGGGAGUGCCUUAGAGUUUUUCAUAAUGAGGAGUUGGAGCAAGUUAUGAGUUUGUCUUCAAUAAGCAUGCAAUUAACUAGCGCUCAAGUUUUACAGGAUAUACAGCCAUUUGUAUUAUCGAUCAAGGAGAGUCACGCACUGGAGACCUUGCAGUCACUGGCCGAGGAUGAGACACUCACACAACUCAAGCAGUUCAUACAACCAAUACAAGAGCUAGAGAGCGCGAUUCUUACGAACGUUGAGCAAGUGCAUUUGUCUCACGUGGAAAGCAUUUCCGAGCAGGAGAGUGUGGCUUUGCUGGAGCGAUUGGCAAAACCCAUUUGGAAUAUUAGAGAAGCUUUGCUACACGUACAAGAAGAAACACCUCUUUCAACGCUAGAAGAAUGCCCGGCACUUAAGGUGUUGCAAGAAAAAGUCGAUGUUGUGUAUCAUCUACUGCAAUAUUGUGAGCAAGUUGAUAUGAAUGCCUUUGAACAAAUUAUCGAUAUGUCCACACAGGCGGAUGUUUCUGCAAUGAAAUCCUGUGUGGAAAUGAAGUCUGUAGAUCCGACACUGGAAGCUCCAGCGGUACCAGUACUUCAAAGUUUGCAAUACUUGGAGGUUAGAGAACCUAUUGCUAAUGCUAUUAACCAAAUACAGACCUGCAUAAUUGAUACGGAAGCUGGUCAAGUAACUGAAAUACUAGAGGUUUCCGAAAUAAUGCUAGAACUGCAAGAAGCGCUACAAAAUUUACAAACUGAGCUAUCGAAACCAAUUGAAACACAAAAUACUGCAGAAAGUCAAUCAAGGGUAGCAAAGGUUAUGUUUAAACUGAAAGAAUGUCUUGUUCAUACAUACGAUGCUGGCGUGGAGCAGUCUCUGGACGAUAUUGAGAAAACCUUUGCCGAUAUUCUACAAGCAUUGCCCACAUUAGAAACUCAACUCUCACUAGAAAUGUAUGCCAAAAUGGAGUCUGCUGCUACUGAAUUUAUUUCUACUUGCGCUCAGUCACCAAAUUCGGAUGACUUGAGUAAGGUAAUCGGACCUCUAGAGCUCGUUUUGAAUAGCACCAAAACAAUUGCUGAGCUUCAACUAGUCGAAGUAGAGAAGUCCACAUUGGCCGUUGCAAAUCUGCAGUCGAAUUUAAUGGCAGUUUUCCGAGGACUGGAUGAGAUCAGCGAAGCAAUGGCAGAAACCGAACGUGAAAAUAUUCAGAAAGUACAAAAUUCUGUGCUCUCCAUUUCGGAUUUUAUCGAUACCAGUAACAACACACUGCGUGUUAUUGAACUCAUUCAAGAACUCGAUUCUCUUAUACCACAGCUAAACUUUGUGGCAAACGAAUUCAAUGCCGUUAAGCGAAUUAAAGGAACAGAGUCGUUUUUGGACGCACUCACGAUGAGCUUAUCCUCUGGGAAAGCAUUUCUACUUAGCAUUGAGGAAGGUUUGAAAAUGAACAAUCCUAUUUUCGUUAGACUAGUCUCGGAAAAUGCUGCUGACAUUCAAAGUGUGCGUGCCGCAUUAGUCUGCAUGGAAAAGGAUAUUCUUCCUAAAAUUGGCACGGAAUGUUCAUCAGCCCAGGAUGGUGUUUUGGUCGAUUCACUUCAAGUGCACCUAAAGAGUUUGCAGGACAAACUGGUUACACUGAGCGCUAGUGAUAACAAGCAAUCAAGCAUGAAACAGCAAGAGGAAGCCAAAACAAAAGUGGAACAAACGGAAAAAGACGAAAAGGUUUCUACGGCUGCUGAAGAGAAACGUAAUAAUAGCGAAGUGGAAAUUACAGAAAAAGUUAAAGAAGAAAAUAAGACGGAAGGAAAAAUUACAAAAGAAAAGAAAAGUGAGAAAGAAGACGCGGUGCAAACUAAAGAAGAAAAAUCGGUAUCAGAAGAACAAUUAUCCAAAAAAGCAGAUAUAUCUUCCCAAAAGAGCUCAAAAACAAUUGAAUCCGAAAUUAUUUCAACUUCAAGCACAGACCAGGAACAGGAACAGGUAAAACAAGAACUCCAAUCAUCACAGCCAAGUACAGAAGAAACCGUCGCUAUAGAAAAGUCACAAUCACAUGCACCAAAACCAAAGGAAACCAAAGCGGGGUUGGAAGAUGCGGCUAAACAGGCAGAAGACGAAGAAGCAGCUUUACCUACCGAACCAUACCUUCAAAGGGCUGAGGUUUUAAUAAACAAGACCAUUGAGCUUAUACAGGCUCUGAACAAACAACAAUUGAGUACAGCCACCUUAGAAAUAUUCAAAUCCGUAGAAAUUACCUUGAAUGAGAUAAGAAAUUUAUUGCAAAAUCAUCCAUCUAAUACGAUUGAAGAUCACAUUUUCCUACCACUCUUCAAAUUAAAAGAUUUGCUUGCGUUUAUCAAGCGAACUCCAGUGGAAGACCCAUCGUAUAGCUCUGAGACCCAACAAGUUCUCCAGAAUGCCAAUAACGUAUUGUUGGAAAUCCUUAAUGGUCAUGCUGGUCUCAGAAGUGCAAUGAUCUAUGACAUCGGUGAGGCUAUACUACCAUACAUGGGAAGUAUUGUAUCUUUCAUUGAACAAGUAUUUCCCAACGAUAAAUCUUUCUGCACAGCAGCUCGGUCACUUCAAUUAAUUGCCACUGAAAUCGGCGUUAUAAAAAAGGAAAAUGCACCAAAUAUGGAUGUGGGCUCACGUGCUUAUCAAAAUUUGAAAUCCGCCUUAUACCAGCUACAAAACUCUUUCGACUCAAUGUGCAACGAGCGACCGAGCGAAUCCCUUCACCAACACAAAUCAAGUUUAGACCGCCUUAAUAAAGCGUUAGAUGAUGGCAAAAUUUUAGAUGCCAUAGAGAUACUGCAAGAAUUUGAGGUUAUGAAAGACUUAUUUGUGCAGUUUUUGGAAGAACUCAAGUGUAUAGCGCAACAACCAGUCGUUAUUAAAGACAAUGCUUUCACGCAGGAAGUAAAACAGGUAUUAGCAGCGGUAACGGCAGAUCAAAACAUGCAAACGCUUGCCGCUGAAGUUGAGGAAGUUUUACAAAAUAACCAAGACGACGAACGAUUCUCGAAAGUGAUUUUCAAGAUGCGAGAGCACAUCGUACAUACUUAUGAAGGUGGUGCGCCAAAUGCGGAUGAAACGAACAGGAAAUUGGAGGAAAUCAUAGACGGCUUACUUUCCAGUAAUCCAGAUGCUGCUAAAAGACUUACGGAAGAAUAUUAUGUUAACAUAAAGAAUAAUAUAAAACAAAUUUGCGAAAAUCUGAAAACAAUUGAGAACUUAAGGUUACGCAAGAAAGCAAACUCAUUGAAUCCGAGCUUGAAAGGAGUAGCCUCCACUGUUACAGACUUAAAGCAAUUGAAAUCUGGCAGUAAAUUUGAAGAGAAAACUGAAAAGCUUAUAGCGGAUUUAACCAAUAUAAUUGCAGUUUUGGACGAUUUGCAAAAAACUGUAGUUGAUGCUGUGGGUUCUAGUAUUGAAAAAUCAAUAAGAAUUGCAUCGAAUGAAAUAAAUUACAUAAAUAACAAUGAGAAAUCAGCACAAGUGCCUAAAAUUCUUUUGGACACAUAUUUUCUAACUAACAGUCUACUUGAGCUGCUCAGCAAACUACAAAAAGCUAAGUAUAUGCCACCGAAAGAAAAUGACCAGUCGAAAGCAGAUGUGGAAUUCGCGCCGAAAGAGUUGGCUGCAGAGAAGCUGCAGUUGCGGGAAGAAACUGCAACUGAAUCCGAAAUCGUAGAGUCCGAAAUGUCUGCACAGCCUACUGAAUCUAAGAAAUUCACAGAACGAACAGCAGCUGUGGCUACUGCUGAAAGUGAUAUUCUUCAAAAAGAGGCAACGUCUGAAGUGCCUUCAUCAGAGCCAAUUGUUGAAUGUAAAACUGAACUGAUAACAGUCGACAAACAGGCUACUGAAAGUCAAAAUGGAACUUCAGCGCCAAUAAACGAUUCUUCUAAGCGCAUUGAAACUGUUGAAGAUGCGAAGGUCGAACAAGUUAUAGUUGAAGAAACAACACAAGAAAUCAAACCGGACGAUUUGAUUAUACGCCAAGUCGAGAGUGACGAGCAACUUGAAAAGUCUGUAGUACCUGAAGGGCAUAUCCCAAAACACGUGGAGGAGGUUGAGAGAGCAAUCGAGGAAAUAAUUAACCCCAAUUUAUUCAACUACUUUACAAGCAUUGCUACGAUAGCAACCCACACUCGACAACAGCUUAUGGAAACGAAAUAUCCUCGCCUUCGUCAGCGAUUAACUCCUAUCAAUAAUCAGCUAGAAACAAUGGUAAUAGUCUGCGAAACACUGAAGUCGGUCAAUAAGAUUGAAAAGUCUUCAGAGAAAGUCGUUAAACUGCAGAAAGUACUCAUGGAUUUAUUUGUUACAUUUGAUGAUCUUCAACAACAAGUUGACGGAGAGUUAAAAAAUAAGCUAGAAAAUGUUAAAAAUGUGUUGCUGAAAGACUAUGAAAUUAUCGAAAACAGUCCGAUUACAUUGGACUCGGAGGAUAUUUUGAUUAAAAUAUUUAAUUUAGCAAAAUUAAUUUUCGAUAUAUGUCAAGAUUUCGAAAAAGUAGAAGCUAAAAUAGAGACUUCAGAAAUUAAAGAAGAAACAGAAGAAAAAGUAGAUGAUAAGCAGUCCACACAAUUGGCAAAGGAACUCGAAACUGAAAAGGAGGCACCGAAAACCGCCGAACAAAUUGUUCAACAGCAAGUGGAAGAAAAUAAAGAAGUAUGUGAAGAACCAUCUUUAGAAAGUAAAACAUCAACUGUAAAAGAUAAAACACCUGAAGAACUUCCGGCGCUAAAUUCUCAAGAAGCGUACGCGAACAGUCAAAAAGAACCAGAACUUUUAACUGAAGAACAGUGUUUGCAGGCUACAGUAAGGAUAGAAGAAAAUGUACUUGCGGAACCUAUAGUUGAGUUAAUUGCAGAAGGGAGUGUGGAAACGCAAAGUAGAACGCAGAUGGAACAAAAUACUGAAGCAGAAUAUUUGCAGAAGUUUGAAAAGCGUGAAGAGGAAUCUGCCCUAGAGUCAAAAGCUUUACCUGAAGUUUCUGAAAAAGAAGAAAAGGAGAAACAAAAAGAAACGCAGGUUGCAAACAUUGCUGUGCAAGACGAGACAGUGUUAAUUGAGGAAGACGAAGGCACUAAAAUCGAAAAUGCUGAACCGAAAGCCGAAAUGAAAAAUAUCGAAGACAAAGCGAAAGAUAGUGAAGUCACUCCAACUGUAGAAGAUCUCAAACAAGAGAAAAAAGAAGUGCGGGAAAUGGCUGCAAACAAACCAGCGAAAGAGGAAAUUGAAGAGCGGACAUCAGAAGCGAAAAGUGAAGUGAUCAGUAAUGUUGAUAAAAAGGAGAGCGCGGAGGUGUUGACAGUCACUGAUGUUCGAGUCUUAGAAGAAACGCAGAAACUCGACGAUAAUGUCGAAAAAUCUAAAAAAGAUGAUUCCUCAACAGAGAAACAUACAGAAAAGACAGUCGAGUCGCUGGAAGAUAACGUUGACAACAAAGUUUUGCCAGAGAAAAAACUUACAGAAGAUGUAGAGAUUCUAACUUUAGAUAAAAAGGAACUAGAUGCGCAGAAAGGAGAAAUAGAACCUAAAUCCAAAACGAGUACUGAAACGCCGAAACUAGAAGAUAAGGAUGAAAUGGGUGAGAGUGUAAUUGUUACUGAUACUUCAACAGUGCUAACCGACAAGCCUCCCGAAGAAAUAUCUAAAAACAAAAUCGAAGUUAUCGAGGUAACAGAAGAAGGCGUUAUAUCACCAGAGAAAAACCAAGAAGAGGCCCUUUCGCCUGAUAAAAAAGAAACAGUUUUGGAGAAAGUUUCCUCUACAGAAGUUGCUCAAUCCGUUGGACCAGAUUUUGAAGGAGAGAAAACUUCAGACGGCGAGAGAGUAGAUCAAAAAGAGAAACAAGAUACAAGUGCUCCUGAACAAACUGAAAUCAAAGAAGUUGCGUUAUCAGAAUGUAGAAAUUUAGAGGAAUAUUUCCAAAAUAUCGUUAGUUCCGUUGAAGGUGUUGCACCGAAAAUUGCAAACUUACAAGAAUCGCAACACCAAAUCGGUGCAAUUCAAACUGAACUAAACGUUUUUAUUCAGGUUGCUGAAGACUUAAAAAAUGUACAAGCUAUUGAAAAAUCUGCAGAAAGAUUGAAAAUAUUGCAAAAGUCUUUAAUGGAUGCCUAUGCUCUAUUUGACGAUCUAUCCAAAUUUGCGUCUAAGGAUUCAAGACCGCAGCUGGUCGCAGUGAGACAAUUCGCUCUGGAGUUGUACGAGAAAAUUGAAUAUGCUCCAAAGGAGGUCGAAACAGAAAUAGUUUUGAAUAAUUUGAGUACCUUAACUAAAGGAAUCUUGGAGUUUUUCAAGACUUUGGAGAAUGAGUUAUUAAACACAGGAAUUUAUACAGCAGAUCAGAAGGUUAAAGUCGAGUUAAAACCAGAAGAUACAGUAAGCGAAGAACGUACUUCUGCUGAAACGGAAAGAACCGUCGAUGAUGAGCUACGCGUGCACGAAAUGGUAGAUGAGAAGAAUGAAGAAACAAUAACAGAACCGAAACUCGUUAAGGAAAAGCCUGAAGAGAAAUCGGAAGUAAAGUCAACGGAAGUGAAAACUGAAGAUAAAGAACUCUCGAAGCAAGCAAGAAAUGAAAUAUCCAAAGCAGAGGGAGAAGGGAAACGUAAUAAAACUGAGAAAGACUUGCAAGAAUAUUCUUUAGAAGACAACGAAACCAACAAAAAAGACCAAAAACCAGUUCACACGGAACCUGAGUUGAGUACAACAGAAGUGACUGAUGUAACUAUUAAAGAACAUGAAGAAAACAAGCCUAUAGAGAAGAGAGAGGAAGAAACUAUACCCGACCAGACAUUGCAAGAGGUGGAACCAAAGGAAAAGCCAUUCAUCAAAGAGCCAGUAGACCAACCUAUUUCGCAAGAAGAAAAUCUGGGAGUGAAAUAUGAUGCUGCAUUAGCAGAAGAAAAAGUGGCAGAUGAGGUAGUAAAAGUUCUGGAGAAACCUUCUAAGCCCAUCGAAGAUAAAAAAGAAGACAAGAAAAUAGACCAUGAAGAAGAUAAGACGCAAGAACGAAGCAGAACAGCAGAGGUGAAAGAUGAAAAACAUACUACAUCUGCGCUGGAAGCAAAAGAAGAUAUUAAAUCGAAAGAAAUUGAGGAUCAAGAAAAUGUAAACAAUAAAAUAGUUAAGAAAGCAAUUAGUGUAGCAGAUGAGAAAAAGGAAAAUCCAAGGCUAGAAGAACUGCAUCAAAUGAUUGUCAAAAAUAUUGAAAGCAUAGAGCUUCAAAUAGUGUCCAUUAAUAGUGCAUUCCUCAGAGAGAAGCUAAUUUCAUUCCAACCCCAAUUGAAAAGCUGCGUGUCAGUUUCAGAGAAACUUAAAAAUCUUGAAAUCGCGGAUAAAUCUUCAAAGGAAAUGGUAACUCUUCAAAAAGCUUUAAUGGAAACGUUUGUUGUAUUUGAUGACUUAAAUGAAUUGCAAAUGAAGAUGUCAAAACCAAAAAUAGAAAAAGUGAAGUCAAAUGCUUUAGCUGAGUAUGAUUUUAUAGAGAAUAGCAGUAACUCCAUAAAUACUGAGCAUAUUUUGCAAAAAACGUCAGAUUUGAUACAAGAUGUUCUUGAAACUUGUAUGGAGCUUGCAAAAGAAACUACGAAAAAGGAUGCUGAAAAAGAUGAAUCUCUGAAUGAAAAGAUCCAGCUUGAAAUAGAAAAUAAAGCAGAAGUUAAAAAAGUUGUGGAUUCCCCAAAAGUUGCAACCGAAGAGUCACUGAACCCAGAGCUGAUGCAGUACUAUAAUGAAAUAGUUGAAUAUGCUAUGAGAAUCUCAAACGUCCUAAGCAAUCUGGAAGACUGUGAUUUCCAUCCAAAAAUAAUCCAACUAAACCAAAUAAUUGCAAGCAUAGUUUCAUGUUCCAGUUUCAUAAAGGACGCGAACAAUGUCCAAAAAUCGAAAGAAAAGGUUGUAAACCUUCAGGGGAAUCUUAUGAAUAUUUUUGUUCUUUAUGACGAUCUACUGACCAUAACCGAUAAGUCUCUUCACACAGAUCUUGAAAAAAUUAAAAGCUUAACGCUCAGUACGUAUGACCUAAUAGAUAGAAGUGUAGAGAUUGUACAAUCCCAUGAGAUUUUGGACAAGACGGCUGGACUCUGUUUAGAAAUACAUAAAGUAUGUGAAAGCAUCGCUAAAUAUGUUAAAGAAUCGAAGGCAACCAGAAAACUAGAAGAAAAAGUUGUAAAUGUGAAAAAAGCGAAAACUGAAAAUCUACAAACCGAUGAACCUGAUGAUAUAAUAAAGCAGAAAGCGACUGUCAGAAGCGAAGACAAUGAGAAAAGGCAAGACGAAGAUGUUAAGGUGAAAGAUAAAGAACCACAGCUUGAAAAAACCAUUGAAAUCCAAGAAGCGGAGGGUAAGCAUGGAAAAGAAAAGAGAAAGAAGAGCACAGAAGAAGAGAAAAAACCUGAUGAGAAAAAACCUGCUGAGAAGCCAUCUGAAGAGUUUGUGCAGAAGGCAGAGCUGGUUGAGAAACCUGUUGAGAAGCCAUCUGAGGAGCCUGUGCAGAAGGCAGAGCCGGUUGAAAAACCUGUUGAGAAGCCCUCUGAGGAGCCAGUGCAGAAGGUAGAGCCGGUUGAAAAACCUGUUGAGAAGCCCUCUGGUGAAAUUAAGACUGAUGAUAAGCCAGUAAAAGAAAAGAGAAAGAAGAGUGCCGAUGAGCAGAAGGGACAGGACGACAGAUCUAAGUUGGAAGAUAAUCAGUCGAAGCUCGCAGAAAAAGCUAUUGAAAAGCCGUCCGAGGAAAUCAAGAAAGCAGAGGAUAAACCUAAAAAGGAAAAGAGAAAGAAGAGUACAGAGGAAGAGAAAAAACCUGCUGAGAAACCAUCAGAGGAGCCUGUGCAGAAGGCAGAGCAGGUUGAAAAACCUGUUGAGAAGCCAUCUGAGGAGCUUGUGCAGAAGGCAGAGACGGUGGAAAAACCUAUUGAAAAGCCCUCUGGUGAAAUUAAGACUGAUGAUAGGCCAGUAAAAGAAAAAAGAAAGAAAAGCACAGAGGAAGAGAAAAUACCUGAUGAGAAAAAAACUGCUGGGGAGCCAUCUGAGGAGUCUCUGAAGCCGUCUGGAGAAAUCGAUCAAGCAGGAGAUAAACCUAAAAAGGAAAUGAGAAAAAAGAGCAUUGAAGAAGAGAAGAAACCUAAUGAGAAAGCAUCAGAAGAACUUGUGAUGGAGGCAAAGCCUGUUGAAAAACCUGUUGAGCAGUCCUCUGAUAAAAUGAAGACAGAUGAUAAGCCAGUAAAAGAAAAGAGAAAGAAAAGUGCUGUUGAACAGCCGAAGCCAAAAGAUGAACAACCGGAGCUCAUUGAAAAAACUAUUGAAAAGCCGUCCGAGGAAAUCAAGAAAGCAGAGGAUAAACCUAAAAAGGAAAAGAGAAGGAAGAGCACAGAGGGUGAGAAAAAACCUGCUGAUAAGCCGUCUGAGGGGCCAGUGCAGAAGGAAGAGCCAAUUGAAAAACCUGUUGAGAAGCCAUCUGAGGAGCCUGUGCAGAAGGCAGAGCCGGUUGAAAAACCUGUUGAGAAGCCCUCUGAGGAGCCUGUGCAGAAGGCAGAGCCGGUUGAAAAACCUGUUGAGAAGUCAUCUGAAGAAAUUAAGAGGGAUGAUAAACCAACAAAAGAAAAGAGUAAGAAGAGUACUGAUGAACAGAAGAAACCGGUCGACGGAUCUAAGUUGGAAGAUAAGCAAUCGAAGCUCGCUGAUAGAACUAUUGAAAAACCGUCCGAGGAGAUCAAGCAAGCCGAGGAUAAACCUAAAAGGGAAAAGACAAAGAAGAGUGCAGAUGAAGAGAAUAAAUACGCUGAGAAGAAACCCAUUGAAAAGCCUUCUGAAGAACUUGUAGAGAAACCAAAGGGAAAGACUGACGUUGCUAAAGAAAUUGUGAAACAAAAAUCAGUAGAUGGAGUUUCCGAUGUUACAGAUGGGGCAAUUAUUCAAGCUGACCAAGUUCCUAGUAUAGAAAAAAAUGGUAUUGGCAUUGAUAGUUCUGACAAACCGCAACCUAGGAUGAAAUCAGACUUGCCACACACUUACAAGUCUAACGAUGUCGAUUAUAAGGAUAAACGAGAAUCGCGCACCGCUAGACGUCCACCUAGCAUCGACUUGAAACUGACCAACAGAAAUUCUCCCGUGGGAAGUGAUAUAAAGUUGACGUGUAGUGUAUCCGGUGUGGAACUAAAGAUCAACUGGUAUAGAGAUAAAACCUUAAUAGAGAACGAUAAUAAAUAUCGUAAAACCUUCAACGAUGGACUCUCUUGUUUGGAAAUUAAAGCUGUGGAUGCAAAUGAUGCGGGUGUUUACAGAUGUAUGGCGUCCAAUCGCAAUGGAGAAGUGGAGACGAGCUGCCUUGUGACAGUUUACGAUGUACCAACAACUAAAUUUGGCACAACGCCAAUAUUUACGCGUAACAUAAGAGAAUACUAUCAUUUACGAGACGACGAAUUGACCAUCGAAUGUCACCUGCACGGUGUUCCACGCCCAGCUGUGGUUUGGAUCAAAGGUGGACUUGAGAUCAAACCGAGCUACAAAUUUACCAUGAUAGAAGAGGCACAUGGCGUCUAUAAAUUGCUAAUUUACAAGCCAAAUGAUAAAGACAGCGGUACUUACGUCUGCAGGGCGGCAAAUUCUAGUGGAGAAGUGAAAAUCAGUCAUCAUGUGGAAGUCGCCAAAAAUAGACAUUUUCAUGCACGCGGUAUCUUCCAUGCCCGCGAUCGGCUCCAAAAGGAUAAAGAACUCACCGCAAAGAAAGCCAUGGAAGAAGCACUUCAGUCAAAGGCAGCAUCUGAUCUUAAGCGUACUUCUGUAGCCGCCGAAGCCAGAGAACGAGUACAUCGCGCAUCGCCAGAGCCUUUGGUAUCGCCAAAGCAAAAACUCAAGUUCGCUACACAACUUCGUGAUCGUAUGGCACUAGAGGGCAGCACUGUACGAUUUGUGUGUACUGUCAUCGGACCUAGUCCUAGUUGCCGUUGGAAGAAAGAUGACCAGUGGGUUGUAGUUGGUCCCAAUAUCAAGAACUUGUCGGAAGAGGGCAAGGCAAUACUUGAGGUGAGCAAGGUAACGUCUGAAGCGUCAGGCGUUUACAAGUGUGUGGCCAAAAACGAACACAGCGAAAUCGACACGCAGUGCUACUUCAAGGUGUAUAGCGCCCAGGCCGACGGUGACGAACAAGAACCGAUUUUCGCGCUCCCACUUCGAGAUGUAUACCAUUCGUCUCAGAACGAUUUAAUUAUCGACACGAAGGUGCGCGGCAACCCCCGCCCCAAGAUUACAUGGGUAAAGGACAAUCUACCAGUUGUGCUCGAUGAUCGUCGCGUACAGAUCGAGCAUUUGGACGGUGUCUGUGAGCUAAUCAUUAACAAGCCAACACCGAGCGAUAGUGGUGUGUACACUUGUCUUGCUGAAAAUAAAUUAGGCAGCCAAAAGACCACCCAUACAGUUGUUGUGGACGUUGUGCAAUCCUCCCGCCGUUCGAGUUUAUUAUCAGGCGUAAUGACAGAAUCAGAUAGUGAAGCUGCUGCUACUGGAGAGGCAGGCGGAAAGAAAGCGGAGAAAGGUAAUCGUCUUCCGAAAGGCAAAAAGAAGGACGACGAUGCUGAAGCGGGCACUUAUGAGCGUCGCAGCCGAAUGCCUGACCCAUCGCCAAAAACUCAAUUGUACUUUAUUGCUAAUUUAUCGAAUCGCUAUGUGGCCGAGGGUACCAAAGUCAAGCUCCAGGCGGUUGUAGGUGGCCCUGAUGCCACAUUUAAGUGGCAAAAAGAUGAGCAAAAUGUAACUUAUGGCCCGCGUAUUCGCAAUAUGAGUCGUGAGGGCAUGGCAUGUUUGGAGUUCCUGAAUACGGCGCCCGAAGACUCAGGUCUUUACACGUUGGCAGCACAAAAUGAAUUCUGCAAAAUUACGACGUCGGCCUUGUUGCAUGUAUACUCACCGAAGGUCAGCACAGAUGUGCAACCAAUGUUUACGCGAUCAGUGAAAGAAACCUAUCAUCUGAACACCAAUGAACUCAUUUUGGAGACGGGUGUACGAGGUCAACCUCCGCCGCAAAUACAAUGGUCCAAGGAUAAUUUUGAAAUAAAGAGUGGUGGGCGUAUCCAAAUUUUGCAGCAUCAAGAUGGCACUUGCGAGUUGGUCAUAGAUAGACCAGAUGCUAAAGAUUCUGGCAAGUAUGUUGUGCGGGCUGAGAAUAGCGCGGGUAAAUCUGAAAUUUCACACACUGUGCUGUUUGAGGGACAAGCUUCUCGUAUCGCUGAGAAUAUCCAUGGUGUAUUCCAUGCUGAUAAGAGUCUCUUGCGUCCUAAGGUCGCAGAGGAGGAGAAGCCGGCAACAGCAAAAGGUGGUGAUGCGGCCGAAGGUGAAGGUGAUGAAAAAGAUGGCAAAGGCAAGAAGGGUAAGGGAAAGAAAGCCAAGAAAGAAGAAGAAGAAGUUAUCUCAUCGGCGACAGAUUAUGCUUCCGAUGCUGGUAGUCUUAAGAAGCGUGAAAAGGUAAUUGGCAUACAUUUUGCCACAUCAGUUCGAGAUCGUGUUGUGGCCGAGGGCUCCAAAGUGAAGAUAUCGUGCUUCUUGGAGUCAAAGGAGCCGCAAGUCAAAUGGUUCAAAAAUGAUGAACCCAUCGCAAAUAGUCCAAAGAUAAGGGGCCGUUAUUCUGAAGGUUUGUGCUUGCUGGAAAUAGCCAGCGCUACCGUAGAGGACAGUGGCGUUUACAAGUGCUGGGCACGCGAUGAAACUGGCGAAGCCUCCACUUUUUGUAAAUUGGAGGUUUACGCCGAUCCGGGAACUGGUGAUGUACCACCAACAUUCACGCGCAACAUCAAAGAUACUUACCAUGGCAAAAUCCAUGAACUGCAACUAGAUGUGCAUGUACGCGGAUUACCAACGCCUGCGGUAAGUUGGGUGAAGGAUGGUGUUAAAAUUGAGUCGAGCGAGAAGUAUCAGCAAAUUGACCAUGAUGAUGGCCUAUGUGAACUUUUCAUCAUAGAUCCCGUGCAAGCCGAUAGUGGCAAAUAUGUUUGCCAAGCUGAAAAUCGCGAAGGCAAAACUGAAAUCAGUCAUAUUGUGACGGUCGAGCCUAGACGUAAGCGGCCAGUUUCGCCAUCUAGAGAAGCCAGACCGCCAGUGAAACCACAAACAGAGGAGGAGGAAAAAGAGGGCGAAGAACAAGAAGCUGAAGGAAAGGAGGAGAAGAAAAAAAAGAAGAAGGUCAAGGAUGAUGAAGAGGGCAGUAGCCGACGUGAGGUACCACCACCACCAGAUCUAAAAAAAUAUCUCUAUCUGAGAAAUUUCCUACCAAAUCGUACUGUAAAAGCGGGCAGCAACGUUAAGUGGAUGGUCAACAUCGAUGGCCCCGAGCCGACUGCGCGUUGGUUCCAUGGCGAGCAGGCAAUUACCUUCGGUCCGAAAAGUAAAAUGUCCUGCCAGGAUGGUAUUGCAUGGCUGAAUUUGAUUGGUGUCACCGAAGAAGAUGCUGGUGAAUAUACAUUGCGUGUAAAGGGCUCCGAAAAUGAGGUUGUAAGCAAUUGCCAACUCUUUGUGUACAACACUGGUGUAGAGGAAUUAGUAGCGCCCGUUUUCACUGUGGGUAUUAAAGACACUUAUUCGAUAAAUGAGAAUACGUUAGUACUGGAUUGCCGUGUACGCGGUAAGCCACGCCCCGAAAUCCAAUGGAUGAAGGGCUCCGAUUUGUUAAACGAAGGCGACCGUUACAAUAUCAUCAACUCUGCCGAUGGUUAUACCAAAUUGAUAAUCAAUAGCCCAACCGAAAAGGAUUCCGGUCUUUAUGCCUGCGUAGCUCGAAAUGAGGCUGCUGAAAAUAAAAUUACUCACCAAGUUGACUUCGUUGGCCGGGAACGUUUCGCACUUGAGAAAACUCACGGCUACUUCCAUCGUGAUCCCAAUAAGCCACACUUCGUGGUGCCAUUAAGCAACCAAACGGUGUGUCCUGGCGGUACAGUAGCCAUUUCGGCAGAAUUCAUGAAAUCGUCCACCCCUCUAGAUGUUCAAUGGCUGCGCGAUCGCAAAACUGUUGCUGGCCAACCGGGUGUACAAACUUUUAUGGAAGGUGGUGUCUACACGUUAGCCAUAUUGAAUGCCCAGCCCGAGGUAGAGGGCACCUACACGUGUCGUGUCUCGAACGCUUUCGGUCGCAUUGAAUCGCAUGCGAGUGUUGAUGUCGCUGUCGGUGCACCGAAGAAUGAACGUCCACCGCUUUUCUUAUCACGACCAGAACCGGAAAUGAAAAUAUUAGUGGGUGAUCCAUUCUCAAUUUCGUUCCGUAUUGCGGGCGAGCCAAAACCAAAAUUGACCUUCAUGAAGGGUACCAAAGAUAUCACGAAAUCGGAUAGAGUUAGCAAGGAAGUUUCAGAUGAUUACACCAGAUUUACUGUACAAAGUUCUCAAAUCUCUGACUCGGGUACAUAUUUUGUCGUUGCGCGUAAUAACUUUGGCACUGAUCGAGUAUUUGUGACCAUUGCGGUAAUGCCACGCGCACGCUCCGAAACGCCAACAUCGCCCCGCUGGGGUCAGCGACUCGAAAGUUUCCCUGAUGUUUCAUAUUUCAGAGAUCCACCAGGUGCCAUCUCUACCGAGCCAUUGGUGGUAGAUUCAGGGCCCACGCACAUCUCCCUCUCAUGGGGUAAACCGAAACGGGAUAAUUCUGCGCCAGUUAUUGCCUACCGCGUGGAAGCGUGGGUAAUUGGACAUGAAGGAGGUGCGAUGUGGAAGGAGCUUGGCUUGACACCUAUUAACUCGUUUGAUGCCUUCAAUUUGAAACCUAAUGUCGAAUAUCACUUCCGUGUUACGCCGAAAAAUCGUUAUGGCUGGGGCCCAUCAACGCAAACUAGCUGUCCAGUGCAGGUGGGCGGCGCGGAAUGUCUACCGGAGUUCGUUAAAAUAUUGCCAGGACAAAUGAAGGCGCUAUUAGGUACACAACUAGUGUUGGAGUGCACCGUACGAGGUGCACCGCGUCCACAAAUCGAUUGGUAUAAAGAUGGUAUGCACAUUAAUCCACUAGCUGAACGUGUACGGAUUCGUCAAAUUGGCUCAACCUGCACGCUGAUCAUUGCGCCCAUUUGUGAAUUGGAUGCAGGUCGUUAUACUUGUGAGGCAACUAACUCCAAGGGCAGAGUUUCGACUUUUGCGCGCUUACAAAUAGUCACCGAUCCGCGACUGUAUGAAGCCGACACGAAGCUCAAGGAAAUUGUACACUCCGCUGAUGUGGCACAUGCUGGCGACACCUUACCCAUAUUCACUAUGCGUUUAAGGGAUCGACGUGUGCAGAUGACAUACCCAGUGCGAUUGACAUGUCAGGUUCUGGGCUAUCCAACACCUGACGUGAUUUGGUAUAAAGAUGAUCAAGAAAUCACAGAGAACCGACGCUGUCUCAUUACAGACGAUGGCCAGUUCCAUACGAUUGAAUUGGCUAGUACCAUUUUGGAUGAUAGUGGUGUUUACACCUGUACAGCUAAAAAUGAACUCGGCUCUGUAUCGUGCCACUGCUCGUUAGUCGUGGACAAGGGAAUACGAGCCUACAUUUCACCUGAAUUCUAUAUGCCGCUUGAUCCGCUAUAUAUUUAUCAAGAACGUCAGGAGAUACGUCUCACCGCUAAAGUCGAAGCCUAUCCAACUGUGGGUGUUUCAUGGCACCGCAAUGGUGUGCGUUUACGUCCCAGCAGACGUAUAGGCGCCUCACUGGACUCCAACGGCUUUGUUGAAUUAAUAAUAUCGGAGGCAACACCAUAUGACGCCGGCAUUUAUGUUUGUGUCGCCUCAAACGCAGUGGGUAAGGCAGAGAGCAGUUGUCGCGUAGUGAUAGAGGAGUCGGAUGAAGAUCAACAGCACCAAGGAGAGCGCGGUACCAGUCAAAUACCGACUAUUGUGCGGGGUGAUUUACCGUAUUCGAAGGAACCGAUGUUUGUCGUGAAACCACGCUCCAGCGAGGCUUAUGAAGGUGAUACGGUGAUAAUAUGCUGUGAAGUUGUUGGAGAUCCAAAACCUGAAGUAGUUUGGUUGCGUGAUUUCUUAAAUCCGGAGUACUAUAAGGACGCACCACAUUUCCGACCCAUUGGGGACGGUCCAGAAUACCGGCUAGAAAUACCGAGUGCAAAGUUGGACUUCACCGGCACUUAUUCAGUUAUAGCGAACAAUUGUCAUGGUGAGGCAAAAGCAGUCAUAUCACUACAAAUUUUCGCUAAAGACAUUCUCAACAAUUUAUCAAUGGAGAAAGGCUCGAUUCGCCACGGCAACGUGGAAACCUUCCCGCAUUUUAUACGCCAUUUGCGCGAUUUACGCUGCUGUGAUGGUGAUGCAAUUACCUUGGAAUGUCACGUUGAGGCAUUACCGGAGCCAGUUAUCAUUUGGGAAAAAGACGGUCGUGUUCUACCGAGUGAUAAAGACUUCACCAUGUCCUAUGAUGGAAUCAAGGCUACACUGAGCAUACCUCGUAUUUACCCUGAGGAUGAAGGCAAAUAUACUUGCGUGGCUAAAAACAAUCUUGGACGUUCACUCUCCUCGGCUUGCAUAAUAGUCGAUGUGCCUGAGGAAAAGGAGAAUAUGCUAAAUCGUCAGCUAUCGCGUCCUAGCGGCUUACUCUCGGCCAACUCUACACCACGUUCCACACCACGCUCUACACCCAACCGUUGUUUCUCGCCUCGGCGCCUUUCGUAUCGUUCAUCACAAAUCGAUCUUACUGAUGGUCGCAUUGGCGGCUACAGGCGUGCAAUGUUAGACUCACACACUUUGGCUGCACCCAAAUUUUUAGCCAUUCCGCACAGCCGUGUCGUAGAGGAGGGCGACAAUGUACGUUUCCAAUGUGCCAUUGCUGGUCAUCCAACGCCAUGGUCCACAUGGGACAAGGAGGGUUUGAUUGUAACGCCCACUGCACGUAUAGCGGUUAAGGAGGUGGACGAUUUACGUUUCUUGGAAAUUAACGAAGUCACCUUCGAUGAUGCCGGUCUGUAUCGUAUUACCUUGGAAAAUGAUUAUGGGCGCAUAGAAGCUUCAGCACGCCUAGACGUCAUUGGCCGAUCACGCUAUUCGCGUUCACCUUCCGUGCGCAGCAUACGUGCGUCUUCAUCACGUCGUAAUGCACAGCUUCAUCGACGCAUUAUGGGACCAUCGACGGCAAUAGGCGGUCGCAUGGCGCUGGCUACGGGCUAUCGUGGUUCUUCCGUGCCAGCAUGCAAAUUCUAUCACAAUGGUAUUGAGUUGGAGGAAGAUAAUGAACGCGUGCAAAUUACGGUGAACGAACAUGAAGCGCUUCUUUGUAUUGACGAUGUGACUGAGAGGGAUGAAGGACUUUAUACAUGCAUUAUACAGGGUGAUCAUGAACCACUGCUCACAAGUACGUGGGUGAAAUUCGAAGCGACGGAGAAGGAUGCAUUAGCUGCGCGCCUAAGGGCGCCACUUGUGUCACGUCCCCUUCCCACGCAAGUGCAAACGUAUGAGCGCGAGACAAUCGAUUUGAGUUUUGAAUUGGAUUGCGAUGAGCCUUACACUUACACCUGGACGCGCAAUGGUGAAGUGUUAGCUGAUGAUGAAGACUUUAACCACAUUGACCAUGGCAAUGGUGUAAUCUGUCUGCGCAUUAAUGAUGCCUUCGACUUGGACUCUGGCGAAUAUGCCUGCGAGGUGCGUACAGCGGCUGGUCUUACUUGCACUACCGCUUGCCAACUAAGCGUCAUCGAAACCGACGAUGAAUGCCUGUCUUCACCGGCAGAGCAUGACUGCCAGCCGAUACUUUUGAAAUCGCCCCUACCAGUUUUGACCAAUGCCGGUGCGGCGGAGGCGGCGUUCUGUGCACGUGUUUAUCCACCUGACGCCAAUGUUCAAUGGUUUGUCGGCGGCCACGAAAUUAACGCCGGCGACGGAAAUGAAGAACACGAAAGUGACUCAUCUGCAAAAGCGAUAUUUAAGCCGGUGGAGACGCAAGUCAGCAGCGAAGCGGACGGUGUUCGCAUACUGCGCAUACAGAACGUCCAACAACGUCAUUGCGGCGAAGUGCAAUUGAGUGUGACACACUGUGGCAGAGCGCAGAGUUCCACGUUACGAGCUUACACCAGUCUAAUUGUGCUGCCAGAACGUGGAGGUAUAGAGGACAUUACGCCGCACACAAGUAACGUGGAUAGUACAAUAGAGGCUCUGAGUAGAAGUGCGCAGGCGGAAUUACCUGCUUGCAUAUUGGAAGGACCGCAGGACUGCACCGCUCUUAUUGGUGGUAGCGUUAAGUUGAGCGUUUGCUACGAAUCUGUGCCACGUGCAGAAGUUAGCUGGUUUAAAGGGUGCCGUCCCAUAGUUGAACAGCGUAACAUUUCGAUACGCAGCAGCGCUAAGCGCUCAACGCUGCUCAUAACCGACAUUGCGGCAGAUGAUAGUGGCAAAUAUACUGUGGAGAUCAUGAAUGCCUUGGGCAGCGAUUCAGCGGCCGCCUCGGUGGCGGUGGAAGGACCACCUGAUGCGCCAAGUGGUAAACCGAGCAUCUCUCAAGGUCCUGAUCGCAUUGCGGUUGCUUGGUGUGGACCACCGUACGAUGGCGGUUGCAUGAUAACUGGUUUCAUCAUUGAAAUGCAACAGCUAACGAGCGAACUGAAUCACGUGAGUGACAAUUCGACUGAUGGCGAAAGCGUUUGGCACGAAAUCGCUACUGUUGUGGACUCAUUAGCGUACACCGUUAAGAAUUUGACACCGAGUGCUACUUAUCGAUUUCGCGUGCGCGCCAAAAAUGUACACGGUUGCAGCGCACCCAGCUUGCCCAGUGAUCCGGUUGAAUUGCAAGCUCAAGAAAUUUUAACGGAAGAUUUCCAAAAACCGAUUUGUGUUAAAGCAGGCGGCGAUUUCAAAAGUCGCUUCGAAAUACUCGAGGAGUUGGGCAAGGGGCGAUUUGGAGUUGUGUAUCGUGUACAGGAGCGUGAGGAACCGAAACAAAUUCUCGCCGCUAAGGUCAUCAAAUGCAUUAAAGCACAAGAUCGUCAAAAAGUAUUGGAAGAAAUUUCUAUAAUGAAAUCGUUGCAACAUCCAAAGCUGCUGCAAUUGGCUGCUUCAUUUGAAAGUUCACGUGAAAUUGUCAUGGUGAUGGAAUACAUUACUGGCGGUGAACUCUUCGAGCGUGUCGUAGCUGACGAUUUUACAUUGACGGAACGUGAUUGCAUACUCUUUCUCAGGCAAGUGUGCGAAGGUGUCGCUUAUUUGCACACGCAGUCCAUAGUACACUUGGAUCUGAAGCCGGAGAAUAUUAUGUGCCAUACACGCACUAGCCAUCAGAUCAAGAUAAUUGAUUUCGGCUUGGCCCAACGGCUGAAUACGGAUACACCGGUGCGCGUACUCUUCGGCACACCGGAAUUUAUACCACCAGAAAUUAUUAGUUAUGAACCAAUCGGCUUUCAAUCGGACAUGUGGAGUGUGGGCGUAAUCUGUUAUGUGCUCUUAUCUGGCUUGUCACCCUUCAUGGGCGAUACAGAUGUAGACACAUUCUCGAAUAUAACACGCGCUGACUACGAUUUCGAUGACGAAGCUUUCGAUUGUGUAUCACAAGAGGCCAAAGAUUUCAUAUCGAAUUUACUGGUUCAUCGCAAAGAAAAUCGCUUAACAGCUAAACAGUGCUUGGAGUCCAAAUGGCUGACCCAGGCACAUGAUGAAAAUCUCAGUAAUAAAAUCUGCACGGACAAACUAAAGAAAUUCAUCAUACGACGCAAGUGGCAGAAAACCGGUAAUGCUAUACGCGCUUUGGGCCGCAUGGCCACGCUAUCCGCUUCCCGACGCAAUUCAGCCGUUUCCGGUGCUGGCAGUUUACCCAACAGUCCGCGCCCCUCAAUAUCCGGCAUACAUCACAUGUUUCAUCCGCAUACAACCGCGCAUAUGGGUUCACUGCACGAAGAGGAUGACGACUUUAGCAUUGAAUUGCCGAGCCAGACAACGCUGGAAACUCAGCGUCGUAUACAGAAGACACUGAAAGUGCGUGAUAAAUCGCAAUGUAGCGAACGCAGUGAUUCCGGUUAUAGCGAAUGUUCGAACUGCAGCGUAGGUGGAAAUCUUCCAUGUCAUUGCGGAGGCUCAUCAACCGUACAAGUCAUAGUGCAGCACAGUGUUGGUGACUUGCCAACCACGAAUGCCGAUACAUUGCUUUCAAUGGGUGUGGCGCACGAUGUGCUCAAAACGAAAUUAGAAGAAAUCGCUCAGCAAGGAAACACCUCAGAUGUAGAAAAGAGUAAGCUCAGCGAUUUGAGAAACAUGGAGGAGCCUGAAUCGAAUGUGCCAACUACGUCUGGAUUCACAGAAAAAUGUCAAGAGCCAAUAAGUAUACUGGAACAACGCAUGCGUCAGGCAAGCUUAAGCUCAACUGUGCCUACAACAAUAAUGAACGAUAAUCUAGAGAAUAUUGAAGAACUUCAUAUACAAAUUGCGGAUGAUAUCACCGAUGCAGUGCACCAAACUUUGCCACUCUCAGUGGUGCAUACUUCGCCCACACACACCAAUGCCUUAGACUCAAAUAUAUUAUUGGCAUCGCCACCCAAUCGUGAACCCAUAAUGCGUUCGGACUUCACCAACACCAUUAAGAUGCGAAAAAAAUCGCUGGAGAACAAUGCGUUGCGCGAGAAGCCCAAGCAACAGGCGAAACCGAUAUUUGAAGCUGCGGGAAAAGUGUCGCAGCUGAAGAAUAAAUUUAAUAUGGCCACCUCUGCUGGUGGUACUGGCAAGUCAGUUAGUGCUAAACUGGGAUUUACGCAGACCUCACCGCUGCCCGUCAGAGCGCAUGAGCACGUCAAAGAACUCGCUGCCGCUAGACGCUUCGCAAGCACUGAUCAAAAACUCGCAACAAGUGCCACAACGAAAACAACGAAUUCAACUAUACAGCAGCAGCAACAACAACAACGCCAUCAAAAACAAUGCACAUCAAUGCCCAGCUCACCGCUCUUCGAGCGCACAGUCGCGCCACUACGGUUAAGCAGCCGAGUACGCGAGGCGACGGAGCGUUUAGCUCAACAGCAAACAGUAGCAACAAGCGCACGACGCAUCGAGGCACGACGUUAGGCAAGAACAAAAGGUGGGGGCGAUAUUAUUGCGCUGGAUAAGCGAAUCAAAACGAAUCGAAUAGAUCACAUGGGCGAGGGUGUGUAGCACUUGUUCAGCCAAAUUAGAGAUUGGAGAUAUGAAUUAAGUGAGCAGUCAUGUGUGGAGUACGACGUGUCAUCGUAAGCGCGCGCCAACGUUUUGCCCGAAAUGCCAUGCAAUCGCGAAUUGUUCGACUCUUGGCAUUAUGCUUAUGCUCAUUUUUCCCACUGUAUUGGAAUAUUGCGUGUUGUUGUUUAGUAUUUUUUUUUUUACCCAAAAAUCGUAUAAAGUUUUUGUUUUUACAAAUUUUAUUAUUUUAAUUGUUUCAAUGUGCACUUGAAAUACGAAAAGUUAUUUUAGCAGUAAAAACUUAACCCACACGAAACUCGAAUAAGUAUACAAAAACAUUACAUAAUCAAAAGUUAUGGAUGCGCACGUGCAAAUUUGAGGAUUUUCUGUUUAAUUUGCGUGCAUAAAGCCAUACAGAGAAUUGCAAUUGCUUACAUCAUUACAUAUGUAUGUAUAAGCAAGUGCUUAGUAAUGAAGAAGUAUAAAACCUUAAAGAACAUAAAUACAUAUGUAUCCUUCAAGCACGCACUUACAUACAACUACAUACAUAUAUGCAAUUGCAUUCGUGUAUUGUAUUUAACUGUAAUGCUUACAAAAAUACGAGUAUACAUACAUAUGUACUUAUAAUACCCCUUAGUACUUAUCUUUCGAAUAUCUUGUGUUUGUAUUUUAUCCCGUUAUAAAACAACAACAAAUUUAAAAAAUAAUUGUUCUAAUAAUAAUAUAUAUAUUGUAUUUAAUUUAAUAUGCAUUACUUACCAUUACUUCGUUAAUGUAUAGAAAUUAAUUGUUAAAUAUUACAUACCUACUCGUACAUAUAUACAUAUAUACCUAAACAUACACAUACAAGUAAAUAAAUAUUUAUAAAA